AGUGCCAGCAGCUUAGGUGGGAGCAGUCGGAUAGCAACGGAAAGCCCAGCAACAGAAACAACGGCACGGCGGAGAAAGGGGACAGCGCUCACCUCAGUCUUUUCUCUUAGGUGGUCAAACCCGUCUGGUUGUCAAUCAUUAAACACCAACGUAAACGAAGCACAGGAGGAUGGCGGUGAAUGUCUACUCCACUUCCAUGACUGCGGACAACCUGAGCCGCCAUGACAUGCUGGCCUGGGUCAACGACUCCCUGCAGCUCACCUACACAAAGAUCGAGCAGCUCUGUUCAGGCGCCGCUUACUGCCAGUUCAUGGACAUGCUGUUUCCGGGCUGCAUAUUGUUGAAAAAGGUCAAGUUCAACGCCAAGCUGGAGCACGAGUACAUUCACAACUUUAAGGUUUUACAGGCUGCGUUCAAGAGGAUGAAUGUGGACAAGAUCAUUCCCGUGGAGAGGUUGGUGAAGGGGAAGUUUCAGGACAACUUUGAGUUCCUCCAGUGGUUCAAGAGGUUUUUCGACGCCAACUACGACGGGAAAGAGUACGACCCGCUACUGAUGAGGCAGGGCCAGGAGGGAACGCCGCCGCCGCCUAACCCAGGCCCCAUGAGAACGUCUCCCACUGCGCCGAAGACCGUAUCCGUCCCCGUCCCCCAGAGACAGAUCAACCCACCAGCCGCCCGCAGAAACAACCCAGUGACCCGCAACGGGGGAGACGCAGAACUCGUAGAGCUAAACCAGCAGAUAAUGGACAUGAAGCUGACCAUCGACGGGCUGGAGAAGGAGAGAGACUUCUACUUCGGCAAACUGAGAGACAUUGAGCUCAUCUGUCAGGAAAACGAAAACGACAACAGCCCGGUUCUCGGCAAAAUCAUCGACAUCCUGUACGCUACAGAGGAAGGAUUYGCACCUCCAGAAGAUGAAGAAAUCGAUGAAGGACGAGAUCAGCAGGAGUUCUGAAAUCUCCCCCUUUUUUCCCCGCCUCCAUCUGUCACCUGUCAUACUUUAAUCAGACCAUCAAGUCUAUUUUUGCCUGGUUUUAUCCCCAUAAGUUCAUUCUUAAACUCUGACUCCCUCCAUCUCAUUCACGGCUUCACAUGUCCAUGACAACUUUGUUGGACCGGCUCGCUUCCCCCAGACUUUGACUUGCAAAGGACGCUCACCCAGGUGCGUCUGGACCGGCCCGGCUCGGCYCGGCCCGGCUCGACUGACUAACUCUAACCUGCUUCCAGAGGGCAGCCGCCCGGCACGGUGAGUCACGUUCAGAGUCACAACGGGAUUUUAAAGCCGGCCGCCCUUCCAGGAGACAAGCCGCUUCCUUUGCACCGAGAGUUAAUACACGAAACACUACCAAGUUUUACAAGCAACGUGAUUGUUUUCUUUUCSAGCUGAGAUUAUCGAAAUAAGGCCUGAAAAAUGGAGAUAUUUUGAUUACAUGAUGACAAGUGAACRAUUAGACAUAUCAGACUCUGAACAGCACACAUGUACAUGCUUCAAGCGACUCAUCGCCCUGAGGGAAAACAUCGGGUUCAUCAUGAAACUGCUCUGACGGCUCGUUAGGUGACCACCGCAUGGUGUAUUUAUGUUUCUAUUUAUUUAUCUUUGUUAAUCUGCUCUGUACAGUUUCUGAAAAAACAAACAAACAAUGGUUUGGAUUUGGGGAGAUUGAA